ACUCUAGAGCGAGAAGUAUCCAUUCCAACGGACACAAAAACUCUGCAAUCUCUGCAAUCUUCUAUCUAUCCACGCUUUUCACCUCAUCUUCCAGACAUGAACUGAAACAAAUAACGCCCGAAAAAACCAAGUGCUUCAAGUUUCGAGCUUUCAACAAUGGAGAAUUUUACAAUCCCCUGCAAAUCAAGCCCUCCAAUACCCAUAGUACCCUCCAAAUUCAGCAACCCAUCUGAAUUCUUACCACGACAAACCAAACCCACAAUCUCCUUUUCCAGAAAAACCCUUCCGAAAUUCACAGACUCUCACUUGAAUUACCUCCGCAAGAAUGGCGAGUUCACGGAGGCCGUCACCGUUCUUGACUCCAUUGCCAAAAGUGGGUCGAAGGUAACUUCCACUACUUACAUGAAUUUACUUCAAUCUUGCAUUGACACCAAUUCUAUUCAACUGGGUCGGAAGAUCCAUGAGCGUAUAGAUGUAGUUGAGGAAUUGAACCCGUUUGUUGAGACGAAGUUGGUGAGCAUGUAUGCGAAAUGCGGGUUUUUGGAUGAUGCGCGCAAGGUGUUCUACGCAAUGCGUGAGAGAAAUUUGUACUCUUGGUCGGCCAUGAUCGGUGCGUGUCUUAGAGAUCAGAGGUGGAAAGAGGUGGUGGAGCUUUUUUACUCGAUGAUGAGAGAUGGGGUUUUGCCGGAUUACUUUCUGUUCCCUAAGAUAUUGCAGGCUUGUGGGAAUUGUAGCAAUUUCGAGGCCACCAAAUUGAUACACUCCAUUGUGGUUCGGUAUAAUUUGGCUGGUUGUAUUCAUGUGAACAAUUCGAUACUGGCGGUGUACGCAAAGUGUGGAAAAUUGAAGUGGGCAAGGAGGUUCUUUGACCAGAUGGAUGAGAAGGAUGGGGUGAGUUGGAAUGCGGUUAUAUCUGGUUACUGUCACAAGGGUGAGACCGAAGAGGCUCGGAGACUGUUUGAUGCGAUGAGCAAAGAAGGGAUUGAACCGGGGUUGGUAACUUGGAAUACAUUGAUUGCUAGUCAUAACCAGUUGGGUCAUUGUGAUCUCGCAAUGGAACUGAUGAGGAGGAUGGAGAGCUGUGGCAUAACCCCUGAUGUAUAUACUUGGACUUCUUUGAUUUCGGGAUUUGCUCAAAACGACAGGAAAAAUCAGCCUUUGGAUUUGUUCAAGAUGAUGCUUCUAUCAGGGGUACAACCAAAUGGGAUUACAAUCACUAGUGCAAUCUCAGCAUGCACAUCUUUAAAAUCACUUAACAAAGGGUUGGAAAUCUAUUCUAUUGCUAUAAAGAUGGGUUUCAUUGAUGAUGUACUGGUCGGAAAUGCACUUGUUGAUAUGUUUUCAAAAUGUGGGGAACUGGAAGCUGCUCAGAAGGUCUUUGUUAUGAUCCCAGAGAAAGACGUCUAUACCUGGAACUCAAUGAUAGGAGGAUAUUGCCAAGCUAGAUACUGUGGUAAGGCCUAUGAACUGCUCAUGAAGAUGCAGGAAUCAGAUGUGCAUCCCAAUGCUGUGACCUGGAAUGUGAUGAUCACAGGAUACAUGCAGAAUGGAGAUGCGGAUCAAGCAAUGGACCUCUUCCAAAGGAUGGAAAAAGACGGGAAAGUUAAACGAAAUACGGCAUCAUGGAACUCUCUUAUCUCUGGCUACCUGCAACUUGGGGAGAAAAACAAGGCACUUGGGGUAUUCAGGCAGAUGCAGGCCUACUGUGUUAAUCCUAAUUCUGUUACCAUAUUGAGUGUCCUGCCCGCUUGUGCAAAUCUAGUUGCCACGAAAAAGGUGAGAGAGAUCCACGCUGGUGUAUUGCGUAGAAAUUUGGAGUCUGAAGUCCCUGUUGUAAAUUCCCUGAUAGACACCUAUGCCAAAUCGGGAAACAUAGCAUAUCCAAGAAUCAUAUUUGCUAGAAUGCCAUCCAAAGAUAUCAUCACUUGGAACUCAGCAAUUUCUGGUUGUGUCUUACAUGGUCUUUCAGACAUUGCACUUGACCUUUUUGAUCAGCUGAAGAAGUCGGGGUUUAGACCAAAUAGAGGUACCUUUACAAGUAUCAUAUAUGCAUACAGUCUUGCUGGAAUGAUAGACGAGGGAAGACAAGCUUUUUACAGCAUCAGUGAAAACUACCAAAUCAUACCAGGUCUAGAACAUUAUUCAGCUAUGGUAGAUCUUUUCGGGCGUUCUGGAAGACUUCAAGAAGCAAUGCAGUUUAUUGAAGAUAUGCCCAUAGAACCAGACUCCUCUAUUUGGGCUGCCUUAUUUACCGCAUGUAGGAUUCAUGGGAAUCUUGCCUUGGCAGUUCGUGCAGGGGAGCAUUUAAUCGACUUGGAACCAGGAAAUAUUUUGGUUCAACAGUUACUUCUACAGUCAUAUUCUUUAUGUGGUAAGUCUGAGGUUACUUCAAAAUUGAAAAAGUUUGGUAGAGAUGCUGCAAUAAAGAAAUUUAUUGGGCAGUGCUGGAUUGAGGUAAAGAACUCGGUGCAUACGUAUGUUGCAGGUGAUAGGUCGGAACUAUGCUCAAACUUCCUAAAUUCAUGGUUACAAAACAUAGAAGAAAAAGCAAAGAGACAUGAUUUUGGUAAUGAGCUUUGUGUUGAGGAAGAAGAGGGGGGUAUCAGCUGGGUCCAUAGCGAAAAACUGGCACUUGCUUUUGCCCUCAUUGGCUCCUCAAGUGUACCUAAGAGUAUUAGGAUGGUGAAGAAUCUGAGAAUGUGUGGGGACUGCCACAGGAUGGCGAAGUAUAUAUCUAUGGCUUUCGGGUGUGAGAUAUAUUUGAGCGACUCAAAGUCCUUUCACCAUUUUAGUAAUGGCCGUUGUUCAUGUGGUGACUAUUGGUAGAGGAUCCUCGG